AUGCUGCUCCACCGCGGCCAUUGCGCCUAUCUCACGACAACGCUCUGUUUGUCGACAUUCUUCUCACUAUGCGCGGGCGCUGCACGGCAAAACACCACCAACACUCCUGGCUACACACUACUGCCGGGAGUGUCGAGUGUGCCGACACCCAUAACAGUCGCGCCAGAUCAGGGCUGGGAUGGCAUUGACGGAGCAUGGAACACAUUCAGCAUCCGUUUAGGCUCACAACAGUCAAUUUCUCAUGUUUCUGUUUCGACCGCUAGCCAGCAAAUAUGGGUAGUGAAUCUUGCAGCCUGUGAAUUUACGUCCCCUGAUCCAAGUACCAACAAGGAUAUAAUAUCACUCGAUGCCGACUGUGAGCGCGGUCGCGGGUCUUUGUUCAACACCACGCAAUCGAGCACUUGGAAGGAACGAGGCUAUUAUCAUCUUUGGAUCGGCGAGAAGUUGGGACUGGUUGGCAAUGGCUACUAUGGUUUUGAUGCUGUGGGCCUUGGAAAUCAGGGAGAAGAGGGGCCGACUGUCGACAACACCACAAUCAGCACCCUCAAUACGUACGACUUCUGGCUGGGCCACCUGGGCUUGCAUCCAAAACCCACGAACUUCAGUCAGGGUAUGGCUCCCGUACCCAGCUAUAUGACGAGACUCUUUGAACAAGGCAGCAUUCCGAGCCUGUCGUUUGGCUACACAGCUGGCGUCCAGUACUACGACGCGACAUUCCUCGGAAGCUUGACUCUUGGCGGCUACGAUUCCUCGCGUUACGUCUCGAACAAUCUGUCUUUUGGGUUCUCACCCGAUAACGAGCGUGACCUAGUGGUAGGGCUUGCUGGCCUCUCCGCAAGCACCACGACACGAUCUAACAUUGGUCUGUUAACACGGACGGAUGUAACUUUGUACAUUGACUCGACUGUAGCAGAGAUUUGGUUGCCAGUCGAGAUCUGUGCAGCAUUUGAGGAUGCAUUCGGUUUGAUCUACGACAACACAACUCAUCUCUAUCUCGUAGAUGACCUACUACACGAGACGUUGUUAGCCGAGAACCCCAGCGUUACCUUCACCUUGAACCAAGCAUACGCCUCAGACGGGUUGGUAGAAAUUACACUGCCUUACGCCGCAUUUGAUUUGAAAGCCACGCCGCCCUAUAGGACGUUGAAGGAAACGACAAACUAUUUUCCGUUGAGGCGUGGCGCCGACAAGGACCAGUGGAUUCUGGGGAAGACGUUCUUACAAGAAGCUUACAUAACUGUCGACUGGGAGCGUUCGCGCUUCUCUUUGUAUCAGUGUGAUUGGACUUACGGCAAGCCAUCUUCAGUCAUUCCAAUCGUCUCACCCACGUAUGCGAAGGUAUCCGACCCUGUCCAGAAGACGGUAGAGUCCCACACAGGAGUGACAGUUGGAGUUACUAUUGGCUGCGUGCUUCUGUUGGUAUUUGUCGCCACUGCGCUUGCAGGAACUUUCUGGCGUCGUCGCUGCAACGCAUUAGCAGCAAAACACGCGGCUGACGCGGAGGCGGCAAGGAAAGCAUCGCCCACUGAUACAGACGAGGCUCCCUCCUCGCCUGUGAGCGUGAGUAAGGGCAGACUAAAUGUAUUUCCCAAAGCCGAGCUUCCCGCAGAGUCCGGUGCAGACCAGCAUGGACUGAGUACAGAGGACGAGAAGCAGGGCUCUUUGGAAGUCAUGGAAAUUGACAACAACGAAAGACGUAUUUACGAAAUGCUUGGCGAUGUCCCUGCCCCCCUUGAAGCUGCCAGUCGUCAGCUCUCUGAGAAAGAAGCGAUGAUGGUGCGAGAGAAGAAGAUCAACGGCGUUGACCCCAAUGUCUCGACUCGGCCUAUACCAGCAAUCACGCGGGCUACUCCUAUUACAUCCCUGGACGACAUCGCCAGGGUGAACAGCAGAUUACCAAACCACGGUGUGUCGCUGGUCACUUUGCGAGCGCCUAGGGACGGAGCCCACUUGGAAGCUGGUGAUACUUAUUUCCAGCUACCACCAUACCGCGCCCUGCGGGCGGAUCGGUCUGCUGACGACCUGUUCUCUCCCAUACCCGCUCUCGAGGCGCCAACGCCCAGCGACAGCUCGAGGCGGCGCUUUUCUUACGAGUCAUGA